CGGAUGGAGCAGCCAUUGGGGAAGUGUUCGGGGCUUUAACGUAACUGAGGAGCGCUCUCUCUGUGGAAUUAAAAAAAAAAGAGACUGAGUAAAAGACAACGAAGACAGAAAUACUCAAGAUCCACAGGGUGUUACUCGACGACACACGUCCUUACCUCGAAAAACUGAAGUAGGACUUGAAAGCUUUGGGACUCCGUAUCCGAGGACUUGAAACUGGAAGUUGGAACAAGAUCUCAGCUGAGCCUGCGCUACAACUGCUAGCCUCGCGCUAAGCGGCACUGUUAGCCACACAGCUAACUCUGACUGAGCUGUGAACUUGCUCGCAAAUCACGAAGGGUUGAAAUUCAGACACAAGCUCGGGCUCCGUGAGAAUCCAGGGACUUGCUUAAUGAAUUAUGUCUACCACGAGCAUUGACCCUCAGAGAACAAAGGGACAAGUGUCUAAAGUGCAAAAUGGUUCACUACAUCAGAAGGAAACUGUCCAUGACAACGACUUUGAGCCAUACCUCACCGGUCAAUCAACUCAGAACAACAGCUAUCAGUCCAUCACCGAUCCCUACCUGUCAAGCUACUAUGCUCCCUCCAUUGGAUUUCCGUACCCGCUAAGUGAGGCCCCAUGGUCCACAGGUGGAGACCCCCCUAUUCCAUACCUCACGCCCUAUGGACCUUUGAGUAAUGGAGAUCAUCAUUUCAUGCCGGACACGGUGUUUGGCCAACCAGGUGGACUGGGAAGCAGUAUCUACCCCCACAGGUUUAACUUUUUUCCUGAAAACCCUGCCUUCUCUGCUUGGGGAACAAGUGGCUCUCAGGGCCAGCAGACUCAAAGCUCAGCAUACGGUGGCAGCUAUAGUUAUCCUCCCAGCUCCCUGGGGGGCACUCUGGUGCCUGAUGGUCAGACAGGCUUUCACAAUGACACCCUGAACAAAGCCCCUGGCAUGAACAGCCUGGAACAGGGUAUGGUUGGGUUGAAGAUUGGAGGGGAUGUCCCUGGUCAGGGGUCAGGAGUCAAAGCUGUGGGAUCUGUGAUCGGCGGACCUGCGGUGGCAGCCACGGGAAAUGGCGCCACACCUAUUGGAAUGCCUCCACCUAAACCCACCUCUUGGGCCGCCAUUGCUAGCAAACCUGCCAAACCACAGCAGCUGAAAGCUAAGGUGAAGCCAGGGAUGCCCAAUCCAGGGGGAGCUCUUCCCCCACCACCCAUCAAACACAACAUGAACAUUGGGACCUGGGACAAGGGCCCAGUGACUAAGGUAGCUACAGCCCAACUGCAGCAACAGCAGCCACCUCUUGGCCUCCCUCAUGCCAUGCCACCUCAAGGACCCAUGCAGCCUCCUCAUCAGUCUUUAGUGCAACCCCAGAUGCAACCUAUGGCCUUACAGCCCCAACCUCCCCACCACCAGCACCAUCAGCCACCACCUCAACCUUACCAAAAUCACACCCAGCCACCACAGCCCCAGACCCGUUGGGUUGCACCACGCAACCGGAACCAGGGUUAUGGGCAGGGUGGCCCUGGCCAAGAUGGAAGUGGUAUGAUGGGAAUGGUUGGUGUUGGGAACAACGGUCCUCAAAUGUCUGCUGGUCAGGGACCCAGUGUAGAAUCCCACCCGGUGCUGGAAAAGCUGCGUGCCUCCCACAGUUACAACCCCAAGGACUUCGACUGGAACCUGAAGAAUGGUCGUGUCUUCAUCAUUAAGAGCUACUCUGAGGAUGAUAUUCAUCGCUCCAUCAAGUAUUCCAUCUGGUGCAGCACGGAGCAUGGCAACAAGCGGCUGGACUCAGCCUUCCGGGCCAUGAAUGCUAAAGGUCCGGUGUACCUGCUCUUCAGUGUCAACGGCAGUGGUCAUUUCUGUGGUGUGGCAGAAAUGCAUUCACCAGUGGACUAUGGGACCAGUGCUGGUGUUUGGGCACAGGACAAGUGGAAGGGCAAGUUUGACGUGGACUGGUUGUUUGUUAAGGACGUGCCUAACAGCCAGCUGCGCCACAUUCGCCUGGAAAACAACGACAACAAGCCGGUGACCAACUCCCGUGAUACUCAGGAGGUUCCUCUGGAGAAGGCCAAGCAGGUGCUCAAGAUCAUCGCCACCUACAAACAUACCACCUCCAUCUUUGAUGACUUCUCCCAUUAUGAGAAGAGGCAGGAAGAGGAAGAGGAGGUGCGCAAGACUUUUGAACCUGCUCAGAUACAGAACCGUUCUCGGUUCGAUCAGGAGCGCCCAAACAGGAAUAAACAAUAGAAGACUUUUAUUCUUGGCUUGAUGAUUUACACUAGGACUCAAUUUAAAGACAGAAGAAUACGAAAAAGCAAACAAGCCCUUUUUUUUUUUUUUUCUCCUCCUCGUUUUUUUUAUUUAAUCCCGGUGAUAUUGCACCAUCGUCAAGACUUCUGUUUUGUUUUCCUCAUCUGCCACUGAUUUUUGUGCAUCGAUAUCGAUAACGCGCUGAUUAAAUGUAUUACCCAUCAGCCACCACUCUAGUUUUUCCCCCCUGCUCCAUCAUGUACUCUCCUCUCACCUGACGGGUUUUCUCUCGCGCGCCUCCUCACCUCGCUCCUCUUUCAAUUGAAUCAGGGUUUGACUGCACCACGAAGAAGAAAAGAAAUCUGCCACUUUAUAUUUCAGUACAAUCAGGAACGGAUGUGUCAUGCACCUAUUUGCCAUUUGGGGGCAACGUUGCCAUGCUUUAUCUGUUAACUGUGCCAACAGGGUUGGAGGAUCCUAAAGGCCACGUCGGACUGGGAUAGUAAAACUUCAAUGGUUUAUGUAUUUUUCAUUCAGAUCAACAAAAUCUCUAUUUUCUGGCUUACUACUGACAAUUUUCAUUUCCAAAACGUUUCUUCUGGAGCCUUAUCCUUUUUAAAAAAAUUAUUAUUAUUAUUAUCAGUGACUCUUCAAAAGAACUGCUCAAACACUGCUGGAGAAAUCAGGGAUAGUGUGAAGUCACGCGGGACUUGAAACAUUUCAGAGGAAGUGCUAAAGCUUCUUGGCGAGAACUAACAGAUGCGUCCUCCUCAACCAGAACUCUCACGGUUUAAAUCAAAAUGAACUGUACUGAAUCAGCUUUCAAACCCCUCAUUUGUUUUGGUGUUUGUCCUUAAAGGAAGCGUCUUGUGGAUGUUUCAACGGGAGAUUCUGUUUAUGUACACAACCCAGUCUGAGAGAAUCGUCACGCCCACCAUCGUCUUUAUUAGAUUUAUGUAAUGGUGUAACGGUUUCCUUGAUUAAAUUGUUGCUAUUGAUUUAGACUUUUACUUUCACUAAAGGGGUAAGGGUUCACACGUUUGUCCAUUCACCGUCAUUCUGUCUUAAUCCUUGUUUGUGUUUUUUUUCCUUGAAUUUGUAAUGCUAAGCUUUAAUGUAGGAGUCUAUAUAUUCAUGGAGAAAGCCUAAAAAAAAAUGUAUAAUCUAAAAAUUAAUGUAACUGAUUUACUAUCCAGUAAGAAAAACUGAGAAUGAAAUAU